AUGUGCCACGUUAAACCAAACGGUACCGAUAACACAGCUGAAAAUGAGUUUGCAAACAGAGAAAAAGACAGCAGUCAAAUGGGAAGAUUGUUGAAUGACUUUCGUACUGUCUUAAUGAAAGAGGAAGAAAGUGCAUGGAGGAUAGGUGAUAAACGAUUAGUUUACUCUGAUCGUUCUUCACCAAAACCUUCAUCAGAUGGCGAUUUUGAGUCAUAUGAUACUACUUUGUGCCAUAGUAUUUCUGAACCGAUGAAACCAGUUUGUAAUGGGGUGGAAACCAAGAGAUAUAAACAAUUUACACACAAAGAGUACACCAAUUUUGUUCUUGAGCAUAUAGACCUUGAUCAGAUGGUUUCGGAAAUGAUAACUCCCAGGUACUGGGAGCUAGAUGAAAGUGUGAUACAAGAGUUUGCACGCUCCCCUCCAAUAUCUUUCAAUAUGAAGAGUACUCCAAAGACAUAUACUUCUCAACCAAACCGUCGUCGUUUCAAAUGA